UCUAAUAUGGCUUCCGAGUUGUGCUUUGUGUGAAAAUUUAUCAUUUUAGGCUGUUUAUUUUGAAAGAGUUCAAUUAGUUUAGAUGCCAUAAUGGGAGGAAAAGAUAAACAAAGAACUAAAGGAAACGUAAAGCCAUCCAGUAGUGGUCGUGCUGCAGCACUGAUUUCCAAGGAUGGUACUGUGGGCUUUGUUGGUUUUGGAGGACUGCAGGGAAGUCCAGGAGCAAGUAACCUUGGUUAUGUUCCAAUGGCUGCUGGUGUCAGUGAGGAUGUUGAUGCUUGUGUUGAUGCCGAAUUCAGGAUGGUGAUGAGGAAACUUACGAAGAGAGACUCAGUUACUAAAUUGAAAGCAGUACAGGAGUUCACUGGCUUAUGUAAGAAUUCAACUGUUGAUGCUGUGGAAAGUGCACUUCCAUUUUGGCCAAGACUAUUCAACAAACUGGCUAUGGAUGUUGAUCACAGGGUGCGAGAAGCCACUCAACAAGGCAUGGAACAGCUGGUUCUCAGAGUCGGUCGUAAUCUUGCACCACACUUACGUUAUGUGAUUGGUCCUUGGUUGUGUACACAGUAUGAUACCUAUGCUCUGGUGGCAUCCUCAGGAAAGAAAUCAUUCCAGGCUGCAUUCUCAGAAGAAAAACAAGCUGGGGUCAUCAAGUUUUGCAGAAAGGAGCUGUUUGAGUUCUUGCAGGACAAUAUAUUAACACAAACAUCUUCGACUCUCUCUGAUCCAAAAUUUGUUUCUGAAGAGGAGAGAGAGGCCAAGUAUAACCGAGUGCUUUCAUCCUCCAUCUUGGUUCUUGGUCACCUGAUACAUGUGACAUCAUCAGACAAGGAAGAUGCAGAAAUGGAAGAGCUUUAUCUCAAUGUACUACGACAGAACAAGUUUUGGAAAUAUGCAAGACACAAAUCUCCUAAUGUGCGAGCUGCAGCGUUUUCUACAGUUAGCAUUGCAUGCGGGUCACUUCCCUCUAUGAUGUUAUCCCUUAGCUCUCAGGUUUCUCCAGCUGUGUUAUCGUCACUGGAUGAUUCUGAUCCUGCAGUGUGUCAGCAGCUUUGGAAUGCUGUUUUAUCUGUCUUGAAGAAUAUCACAGACUGCUGGAAGCAAGUUAAUGUUCGCAAAGCUGUUUUGCCAAAGUUGUGGUCCGUCUUAAAAAAUGGUGGCAGUGGCUGUGCUACAGUCAUUUUUCCUAACCUGCUGCCUUUCCUAAGCAAAGUACCUUCAGAGGUCAUUGGCAGUGAUUUGGGUUUCUACAAAGAGUUCUUUACUAGCCUACAAGAGGGUCUGAUGAAGGAGCGUGUGCAGAACAGCCCAAGUGAAUGUUCAGCAGUAAUUGCAGCAUUUAUGGAGUGUCUGAGAUUUUGUCUUCUGUGUUGGUUUGAUGGUGAUGGGCCAGAUCUGACAGUACAAGAAUACUUGAUCAAAGAGCAGGUAGGAGGUACUGACAAAAGACCUGGCCNUGUUUGGAAAAUUAUCAAGUUGUGCAUUGUUACCGAACGACACGUUGCCAUGCUGAAAAAUGAACUUGUGGACCAGAUCUGUCAACAUUUCCUCAGGAUUCUGAGACAAACCGAACAAGAACAUGCACAAGAAUUGCUGCUGUUGCUGAGUAUUUUACAGAUGUUUCUUGCUCACUGUGAAAAGAAUCCUGGUGAUAUCGUACCUUCAAUCGAAGAACUUCUUCUAGCUGUCUUUCAACUGCAGUUGACAGACGUGGUCUCCUAUUCAUCUACUGUGACACAGUCCUUAAUGGAAACGUGGCAAACUGGAUUAAGAGUGUUCAAACAAUUUUCCUCUGAAAUGGACUCUACCCCUUGCCAGACACUUCUACUUAAAACAGCUGUGCUCAUUCAAGAAAGGUUGGAGAAAGUCGAAACACUUCAAAGAGUGGAUAACCUCGCCACCAUAGCUGUUCAACUCCUAAAGGAUGCGACUCACCUGUCACCUGCUGAGGAACCAGAUGGCGAGUCCUUGUCACAGCGAGUGUUCAUGGCCUUGACACCAAGUGAACACCAGUUGAACUUUCUCAGGAACGAAUAUUCUAAGAGUCAGUGGCUGUUGGAUCCACUUAUAGAGAGAAAACUACCAAUCACGUCGGACUUUCAAGAUCACCUUGGCGAAUGUGACAAUAUACGGUCCACCCUUACGAACCAUCAAAAAAUGAUGGUGUUCUCGUCGAGUCUGCUCAAAGGGAUCCUCUCAGAUUCGAAUGCAUCGACGCCGGGCUUGAAGAGUGAAGUUGUAACAAGAGAUUGCUUUGUCCGAUUGUUGUUGGAGAUAAUUUGGGUUCGACAUUGGUGCAUCUGUGUUUUCGGAUGCAGCGACACCACAGAGAAAGGUGCCGCAUACAGCGACAUUAGUAACCAGACUGUCUCCAAUCUUCUGGUAAAACUCCAGCAGACUAGUCAUCAUCUCUUAGAGCACGUCAAAGAUAAACAGUGGAGUCAAGCGCUCCUCGCGGAUUCACUCACUCGGUCAAGGACUGAAGGCUUCCUGUGGUGCGUUGUGCUUGGAGGCGUCUUAGAAGACCUGCACCGACUGGGCGUGCCAUAUGAACCCACUGUUCUGUUAGCUGAGGUUCAAUCUUUAGCGAAUCUAGAAGAAAAGGAAUGUCAGACUUUUAAUAUGUUGAUAUCUCACGUGAAUGGUAUAUAUGAACUGAAAGUCAUUACUGAGCAGUAUACGCGACUAUUACGCGAAGAGAGCGACGAAGGCGGAUUUGCCCGCGUGCUGGCUGUUAUUGAUGGCUCUCUGCACCAGUGGUUCAAACGAACCGAAGGAGUUGAGGAAGCACUGCUUGAGUACCAGCUAACGCUAACAGAGAUUCUGGACGAGCUGGUGGAGUGGAACAAGACACACGACAACCUUUUGCUCAUCAACAGCCCUUUGUAUGACGCCUCCAUGAGCGUGUUUAGUCUGAACUUAUCCCUCAUCAGGAUUCUUGAGAUGGCUGUUCUUCACUGUUCUGACAAGAUGAACAGCAAGCACUGGGAUUUUAUGCUGUGUAGUUUGGCUGGUUGGCUCCAGACCUGCGAGGAAAAUUGCCCAAUCCUAACAACGUCGUUAAAAAGUGUUGCUCUCUGUUGCCAAGUUUGUUCACUUUUUUGCAUCGUAGCGCGGUUCUUUCAAGAGAAUGCGUCAAAGCUUUCCAAAAUCAGCGACGGUGGAAACUUCAGUGAGGCAUCGCAUGAAGUAGAGAGCGUAUCUUCAGCGACCGCUGAUAAUGCAGUGUUUCCGCCAAAUCUAUUGGCUGAAUGGCAGGAGUUCUUUAGUGGCUCUCUGUUUAAUACCGUGUUGCGGUUGUUCAUGUUUCAUGCAGGUGAGAGGCGAGUAGGAAGGCUUGGUCCUUUCCAGAGGAGGAAGAGGGGAGGGGUGAUGGCUUUGCUGUUGUCGUUAUUGUUGUUGCUGCUGUCAUUUUUUGGCGGGGAAGAGGGGGUGGGGGCGCGGGGGGGGGGGAGGAUAAGGACAUGUCGCGACAGGAUCAGAACGAAGUUAUAUUUGAGGACUGUUUACCUAUGUGUCUCUCGUGAUUUCCAGCUCAAUGCCAAAGCUCGCAUUUUGAAGUCUCAUUUUGGUCGACCCGUAUCGGUGAGUCACUUGGUAGCUGUGAUCUACACUCCAACGGCCCUUUUAAAGGAACAUAAUUUCGAGGGGCCACCACCUGCUACCGCUGAAGAAUCGUCAAAUAUGCCCCAGUGGAUCGAUGACCUCCUGGAGAAGUGUUUGCCUCUUCUAAAGUACAAUCUCCAUGAUCUUCAAUUUGCUGGCUAUCAUCUACUUUCCAAAGUAACGGUGGAGAUCACUUUGCUAGAUGAUAAGGAAUCCGAGGCCGAGGAAGGAGUUGACGAACAAGUCAGAUCCCCACCUACUCCACUGAUAGUGCUGAUAAAUGAUGCGUGCGCACACAUGGCGGAGAUGGUGAGUGAAGCGCAUGUCCCGUUUGGAGAACACCUGGACAUGACAAGCGACACGGAGGCGCAGAACGCCAGCCUUGCCCUGAUGUUAGCCUGGAAACUAUUGCUUCAGUUCUUUAGAAGCUUGCCUCAAGAAAGACGAGUUGAAUACGCCAAGUUCAUCCGACAAAACAAGAUGGUGGGCAAUCUUCUUGGCGUAUUGUUUCGACUGAUUCCGCUCAAAGCAACAGCGGCGGCGGCGGCAAUGGCAGCAGAUGACUUUGAGCCAGAGAUCGGACGUUUUGCUGGUCAGCGUACAAUCCAGCAGUUGGCAUGCGGUGUGUACUAUUCCCUGUCGCAGUGGAUGCCGGCCAUUGUCAGACAGUGGUGGAAUGGUUUGGAUAAGCGUCAAUCUGGUAUUGUGGACAAAUUCACGAUUUCCAGUAUUACGCCUCAGCUGUGCCAGCGAGAAAUGCAACUUGUUCAAAGCUCGUCAAUCCGGUUUGACAACAUGCAAGUCAAGACUCGGCCCAGUGCCCGAGAAGUGGCCGCGGUAUACACGGUUGAUGAGAUCUCCAUGGAGCUGGUGGUGAAGCUGGCUCCCAACCAUCCUCUGGGGGUGGUGUUAGUGGAAAGUGGCAAGAAGAUCGGGGUGACGGCAGCACAGUGGAGGAGCUGGAUGUUACAGAUGACCACAUUCCUCACACAUCAGAAUGGAAGCAUAAUGGAUGGCCUUAUUCUGUGGAAACGAAACGUAGAUAAGCGUUUUGAGGGCGUAGAAGACUGUAUGAUAUGUUUCUCUGUCAUUCAUGGCAGUAACUACUCUUUGCCUAAAUUGAGCUGCAAGACUUGUAAAAAGAAGUUCCAUUCCGCCUGUCUGUACAAGUGGUUUAGCACCAGUAACAAUGCAACGUGUCCGCUGUGCCGAAAUCUGUUUUAACCCUUUGGUUUAACAAGUGAUCAAAAUUUGAUUUCUUCUUAGAAUUUCUACAAAUUGUCAUGCAGAUAUAUGACGAUGAUAAAGAUUUUUGCCCUAGAACACUAUGAAAUGACGAAAACCGCUCUAGAAAACUGUGAAAUGCCCCAGUAUUAUAAAGUAACUUACGAAUUUCAAACUCUCAAAGUCCUUAUUGCAAAAAAAAAUAAUUAACAAAUAUUUCGCUUAGAAGGCAGCGUGACCGAGUGGUCAGCGCGUCGGACGGUGGUCCCGGGUCCUAGUCCCGCUCUGCCCACUACCUGGAUUAGCAAAUUUCCACGAUAGCGUCAUUUGACUACUACUAACAGAGUCCUUCACUCUAAUAACUUCUCCUUUUCUCUUUCUCGGGCUAAUUAAAACAAUUCUUAUCUAAGGCCCACUUUCAUUUAGAAAUGGUUUUCAUUUUUAAAGCAUAUAACAAUGUAACAAAACUAUAGCCACGAAGGGAAAUAAAGCACAUUGUUAGGUUA